AUGCCUGCGGAGGAUGGGGCCUGGCAGUUCGUCUCCCGUCGUGGUCGCGGGCGGCGCUCUGCAGGUGCUGGGAUCGUCUCCCCACACGACCCCAACACCCCACACGACCCCAACACCCCACACGACCCCAACACCCCACACGGUCCCAACACCCCACACGAUCCCACGGAUCCCCAGAGGAGAUCCCAGGGGGAGUUCGCAAGGACCGUGUGCCGAUAUGGGGGCCCCGGGCCCCCCAUCAGCUCCUUCAGGGCCCAAUCAGCAGCAGCAGCAGCAGCAGCUGCUUCUGCUGCUGCUGCUACUGGAGGUAAUGAUGCAGCACGAGCAGCAGCAGCAGCAGCAGCAGCAGAAGCAGCAGAAGCAGCAUCGGUUGCUGCUGCAGUGAAGGAGCUAAAGAAGGAGGUAGAGGUUUCUGUUUUAUGGGGGGAGAUAAAACAAAAGCUAGCAGCAGCAAUAUGCGAUGAAUUGGGGUGUAUGUACAGCAGGAGUUUGGGUUCAUCAGCAGCAGCAGCAGCAGCAACAACAAAAACAAAAACAAAAACAAUAUGUACUGUAUCUUCUUCUUCAUCUUUAUUAAAUAUUAUAAAUAGAAAAGAUGUUGUCUUUCAGCUCAUAUGUUUGGGGCUUGGUAGCCCUACUGCAUGCAACGCAUGCAUAGAUGCACGCAGCUGCAGAUAUCAAUUGGGGCUGGCGCUGCUGCUGCAGCAGCUGCUGCACCUCCCCAGCAGCAGCAUCCAUAUACUGGACCCCGUCAUGAGCAGCACAGACAUGCAUGCACUCUCUCUCCUCUUUGAUGCUGCUCCUGCUGCUGCUGAUGCUGCUCCUGCUGCAGCUGCUGCUGUACCUGCUGCAGCUGCAGCUCCUUCUGCUCCUGCUGCUUCUCCUGAUGGUGCAGCUGCUCCUGCUGCUGCUCCUGCUGCUGCUGCUGCUGCUGCUGAAGGAGACAGUAAAAAAGGAGACAAAAAGUACAAAAUUGUUGUUUACUUCGCCCCACACUGUGAUGCGGAUCUGUAUGGAGAUGUUAUUGCUGCUCAGCUGUCUAUACAGUCCUUCUGUGCUCGCUGCUGCAGCAGCAAACACAAACACAUACACACUCUACACAGCAGCAGCAGCAGCAGCAGCAGCAGCAGCAGUAUCGACAGCAGUAAUAACAGCAGCAGCAGCAACAAGGGCAGCAACAGCAUCAACACCAGCAGUAAAGACAACAACAGCAACAGCACAAGCAGCAACAGCAUCACUACCAGCAGUAGCAACAACAACAACACCAGCAGCAGCAACAGCAACAGCAGCAGCAGCAACAGCAACAGCAGCAGCAGCAACAUAAUUCCUAGCAAACCUACUGCCAAUCCGCCGCCCGUAUCUUUCACCCCCCCCCAGGGCCUCCAAUCUUCUCCAGGGGCCCCUGGGCCCCUAAACCCUCAGGGGCCCCCAAACCCUGAGGGCCCCCGCAGCCCUGAGGGGGCCCCAGAGGGGCCCCCAAACCAUGACCGGCCCCCACAGUGUGUGGGGCCCGGGGGGCCCCCUGGAGGGGCCCCAGGGGCCCCCCAUGGGGGCCCCUUUUUGGGUUGUGGUUUUGUGCUGAUAGGAAAUGGUUUAUUGUCUUAUGAUAUGAGGAGAAGUCUCUUUGGUGGUUUUGCUUUGGUUGAGGAUAAAGAAGAAAUAUAUAAUAAAAGAGAAAAAGAUAAAGAAUAUAAUACAACAGAAAAAGAAUUAUAUAAUAAAACAGAAAAAGAAGAAAUAUAUAAUGAAACAGAAAAAGGAGAAGUAUAUAAUAAAACAGAAAAAGAAGUAUACAAUAAAACAGAAAAAGAAGUAUAUAGUAAAACAGAAAACGAAAAAGAAGAAAAAGAAGGAAAAGCAAGAGAAGAAAAAGAAGGUGGAGGUGGCGGAGGAGGAGCAAGAGGUGCAGUAGAAACAGAAAUAGCAGCAACAGGUGCAGCAGCGACAGCAGCAGCAGCAACAGCAGCAGCAACAACAGCAAAAGCAACAGCAGCAGCAGAAACGACAGGAGAAGGGGUGCAGGGUGUUUGUGUGGAGACGAAAGAACCCCCAAACCCUUCUCUAGAAGACUGCUGCAGCGGCGCUACAUCUGCUGCUGCUGCUGCUGCUGCUGCACCUGCUGCUGCUGCUGCUGCAGUAUGUAGAGACGGUUGUAAGUUUGUUCGGCCGUCUCGUGGUGCGUUGCUGCUGCUGGAGUUGCUGCCGUUUGUAUAUGAGGAUUUGCUGCUGUCUCCUUUUGCUGCUUAUCCUGCUGCAUUCAAUGAUAUGGCUGUCUCUCGCUUGCGGGGCCCCUCAACAGAGGAAGAGAGGAAGCAGCUAUUCUUACAUAUGCUGCUGCUGCACCAGCAGCAGCAGCAGCAGCAGCAGCAGAAAGGGAAUGCAGCAACCAAGAAUAGACGUAAACACCACAACAAACAUAAACAACACAUCCACACACAGACACCACGCUGA